AUGGAAACCUUGAGCAAAACGGAUGGGGCUUUCAGUGUCAGAAGAUACCCCCCUGAGGUGAUGAAACCCUGCAGUGGCCAAGAAGCGGCUCGGGAGCUGCUGCAGACCCGUGUGUGGAAGCGCUGGGUUUUGCGCGAGCAGGUCGAGCACACGCGAUUCGAGCGCGCGGGGCGGCCGGGGCUGCCGCCCGUCCUGCUGCCGCCGGGCGCUCAGGUAGGGAACGGCCGCCGGAGCAUCCCGGGCGCAGCUGUUGAGAACAACGCUGAGACAGCUGAAGAUACCAAGACAGAGGAGGCCGAAAUGGACAUGUUCCGUUACAGAGUGUUUGCCUCUUCUGGACCUGCUGCGUGGACAACACGACGAGAUGGAGAAGUCAAACUGAGGAUGGAGGAACAUGGCAUAGGCAGUGAGGAACCAAAGACGGUUCACGCGCUGCUUGACGAAGCCGUUAAAAAAUACGGCAACCGUUACGCCCUCGCGUACAAAAAGAGUGGCCGCUGGAUGAGGAUGUCCUAUAAGAGGUACUACGAGGAAUGCUGGACUGCAGCAAAAAGCUUUCUGAAGCUGGGACUAGAGCGUUUCCAUGGCGUGUGCAUCUUGGGAUUUAAUUCUGCCGAGUGGUUUAUUGCUGACAUUGGAGCCAUCCUUGCAGGUGGACUCGCUGUUGGUAUCUACACUACAAGCUCUCCAGAGGCCUGCCACUAUAUUGCUGAGAACUCCAGCGCUAACAUUAUUGUUGUGGAAAACCAUAAACAGCUGCAGAAAAUCUUAGAAAUUGAGCAUAAACUACCUCAUCUGAAAGCGAUUAUCAUGUAUGGGGAAGAGCCAAAGGAGAAAAGACCAAACCUGUAUUCUUGGGCCGAGUUCAUCAAGCUCAGUGAUCAGGUUGCAGACAGUAAUCUCUUGGAUAUCGUGGAGUCGCAGAAGCCCAACCAGUGCUGCACACUAAUAUACACCUCAGGAACGACUGGGCAGCCCAAGGGAGUGAUGCUCAGUCACGACAAUCUGACGUGGACUGCGGCAGCCGCGGGGACUUUCAUACAGCUCUCAGAGGCCCUGGACAAGCAAGAGUUGGUGGUCAGCUACCUGCCCCUCAGCCACAUCGCUGCACAGAUGAUAGAUAUUUGGCUGCCAUUAACUUUCGGUGCCCAAGUUUUCUUUGCUCAACCAGACGCAUUGAAGGGCUCUUUGGUAGACACCCUGCGGGAGGUGAGGCCAACGUCUUUUCUGGGAGUUCCUCGUGUCUGGGAGAAAAUGGAAGAAAAAAUGAAAUACGUGGGUGCAAAAUCAUCUGCACUCAAAAGGAAAGUGGCGUCGUGGGCCAAGGAAGUCGGGUUGCAGACAAAUCUGAAACAGAUGAACGGGAAUACUCAAGUCCCGGUGAACUUCCGCCUAGCCAGGCGCUUGGUUUAUAAGAGGGUGCGAAAGGCUCUUGGGCUGGAUCGGUGCACAAGGUGCUACACGGGAGCUGCUCCAAUUACCAGGGAGACCCUGGAGUUCUUUCUGAGCCUGAACAUUCCCGUGUACGAGCUGUACGGCAUGAGCGAGUGCUCCGGGCCUCACACCAUCUCUCUGCCUCACGCGUUCAAGCUGACCAGCUGUGGAAAGGAAAUUACUGGCUGCCGGACACUGAUUCAUAAGCCAGAUGCUGAGGGCAAUGGGGAGAUCUGCUUCUCUGGAAGACACGUCUUUAUGGGCUAUUUGAACAUGGACGCUAAAACCAAGGAGGCAAUUGAUAAAGAUGGCUGGCUGCACUCGGGGGACCUCGGCAAGCACGAUAAGGAUGGAUUCCUCUACAUCACAGGCAGAAUUAAAGAGCUCAUCAUCACUGCUGGAGGUGAGAACAUUCCCCCUGUUCCCAUUGAGGAUGCUGUAAAAGAGGCUGUUCCCAUCAUUAGCAACGCGAUGUUGGUUGGAGACAAAGCAAAAUUCCUUGCUAUGCUCUUGACACUAAAGUGCCAAGUGAACGAGGAAAGUGGGGAGCCGGGAGAUGAGCUCACUCCAGAAGCCAUUGAAUACUGCCAAAAGCUGGGCAGCAAGGCGACCAGAAUCUCGGAAAUCAUACGGAGCAAAGACCAAGCCGUCUACGCUGCUAUCCAGAAGGGAAUUUCAGCGGUCAACGAGCGAGCGGUCUCGAAUGCCCAGAAAGUCCAGAAGUGGGCCCUGCUGGAAAAAGACUUUUCUAUCUUUGGGGGAGAGCUUGGCCCAACCAUGAAGCUGAAGAGAGCGGUGGUGGCUCAGAAGUACAAGGAGCAAAUCGAGCGGUUCUAUACGGACGCAGAGACGCCCACCACGACAGAGACCAGUGCUCAGAAGUGA